CCGAGUCUCUUAUCCACUUCCUUCCUUCCUUCUUUCCACAACUUUCGUCUCGUCUGUAGCUUAUAUUUGAUUCGAAAACAGGAUUCUAACAUACGCUUUCUCCUCUGUUGAAUAUCGCUUUUCCUCGAAUGGCGCUCUUCCUCCCAAUCGAGAUUACCACAAAGAUUUUCAGAUUAUGCUCGCAAUCUGAAUUCCUUGCUCUCUGUCGUACAAACAAGACAUUUCGUGACAUCGCUGAACCUCUUACGUACCGCGAUAUCCGCAUCUCGUUUCGAGAUGUCAAAACUCAAGCUCAAAUAAACAAGGCGUACCAUCGUGUAGUUUGUUUAUAUGAGGCAUUGAAGAAUGACACGACGAAGGCGGCGAUGGUCAACAGGCUGGAAGUGGCGGAGCUUACUGAUCACAAGCCUUCCAGCGGUUGCGCUGCGAUAGAGUUCACUCCAGUGUGCUACAUGCCACCCAGCGAGUUCACUGGCGCAGAGGAGACCCGCCGCCAGGAAAAACGCAGUUCCAUCACUUUACUUACACUUCUGGAGCAUGUUUCAGCUCCCUCACUUCAUGAGUUCAAGCUCGACAUCACAGAGGAUAUCUUGAAUGUUCGUAUCGACCACCAGUGGGCUGGCCGGUAUACCGCUUACACCCCUCGAGCCCCGUUGCCCUAUUUCCUUCAACGGCAUCUCCACCUCAGGCGUGUUGUCUUGCGGAUAGAAGACACGAUGCCAGACAAUCAUCUCGAGAACUUCGCUCUGAGCAUGCCGAAGCUGGAGCAGUUCGAGGCGCCGGAAAUAUAUUUUCGUUCCCUCACGAAGGAUACACCGUUGAAACUUGCCUCCAUUAGCCUCAUAAACGUUAACCUGUCCCAGCCAUUUCAUAUGCGAUUGGAUGAAGUCCUAGCUAGGUUCCAGUCCUAUGUAGAGUUGAAGUCAUUGACUUUGAGGAUGGAAAACUUCGACCACGAGACUAUCAAGAUCAUCGCCCGGCGACUACCUGACUUAGAUCAGUUGGAGAUCUGUCACGAGCUCUACAUGUAUAGAUUACCGACAUCGACGGACGGCAUUUCGGACAUGGCAAAAGCUUUGUCAAAAUUCACGGGCCUUCGCCAUAUCACCUUUCUCUGGGUCCUCCGCAAUUCCAUUGGGACGGUAGAUGACAGAAACCAGGACGUGGACCAGGAAACGGUAUCUAGCUGGGGAGAAGCUUGUUCUACUUUAGCCUGUUGCUCGAUAUACGGGAGUGUAUGGAAGAGAACGGGAUAUGGAGAUGUAUGGACCUGUUCAUCCCGUUCGCAAAGCGAUUGAAUACAAAUAG